GUGAAUGGCAGAAGUGAAUGGGAACCAGUCGCCUGGAAUCUCUUCUACUCUCUUUGCAUGUGAGCAGUUUAACAAGGACCAGGGCGCCCGGGAAACUAAGGAAGGACUUAACUAUUACAGCAGCCAGCAAGCCUUAUAUCCAGCGCAGGACACAUUGUUCUCUAGCAAGGAUUAGCCCAGGAAGCCUGUCAGCAUCACUUUGUCACUUUGUGCUGCCUCAUGGAUUUCAAUCUCCUGACAGACUCAGAGGCCCGCAGUCCUGCCCUCUCCCUCUCCGACUCUGGAACACCUCAGCAUGAUCACAGCGGCAAGGGGCAGGAGCACAGUGACACCGAAAAGUCGCAGCAGAACCAAACAGAUGACUCAAACCCGGAAGAUGGGUCACUAAAGAAGAAGCAAAGGAGGCAGAGGACACAUUUUACAAGUCAGCAGCUCCAGGAACUGGAGGCCACCUUCCAGAGGAACCGUUACCCAGACAUGAGCACCAGGGAGGAGAUUGCAGUGUGGACCAACCUCACGGAGGCCAGAGUCAGGGUCUGGUUCAAGAACCGAAGAGCCAAGUGGAGGAAACGAGAACGAAAUCAGCAGGCUGAACUCUGCAAAAAUAGCUUUGGAGCCCAGUUUAAUGGACUCAUGCAACCCUAUGAUGAUAUGUAUUCUGGAUACUCCUAUAACAACUGGGCCACCAAAGGCCUCGCCACUAGUCCCCUCUCAGCCAAGAGCUUUCCAUUUUUUAACUCCAUGAAUGUAAGUCCUUUGUCAUCUCAGCCAAUGUUCUCACCACCCAACUCCAUUGCCUCCAUGACCAUGCCUUCAUCUAUGGUUCCUUCAGCAGUGACUGGAGUUCCAGGCUCCAGCCUUAAUAAUUUGGGCAACAUCAACAACCUUAAUAGUCCCAGCCUCAAUUCUGCUGUUUCAGCCAGUGCCUGCCCCUAUGCAACAACUGCCAGUCCCUACAUGUACAGGGACACUUGCAACUCAAGCCUGGCAAGUUUGAGGCUGAAAGCUAAGCAACAUGCCAACUUCACGUACCCAGCAGUACAGACUCCGGCUUCCAACCUAAGCCCAUGUCAGUAUGCUGUGGACCGGCCAGUAUGAAGGACCACAUGCCAAAGACUUCAUGGUAGCCAUAACACAGAAGACUGAAUUGCCCUGCUGCGGAUGCCUUUCUAAAAAGAAAAAAAAAUGGGCAUGAAAUUUUCUCUGAGAAAUCAUUUCCAUUUUUAAACAGACAAAUGAAACUGCAGACAUUAUUUUGUUUUGAGUUCAAGAGGACAUUCUAUAUGAAUAGCUCAUCGGGAAGGCAGUGUUUCCAAUCCAAAGAAAAACUGAAUUCCAUGGUCGCAAGUACUCUUGCUUUCAUAAGGCAAGCUGUUGUAUUGUUGUGCAGUUUUUAUCGAACAGGAAGUUGUCACACUCCCGUUCUUUGUACAGUUGACUAAAACUAGAGACAUAAAAUAUGUAUAGGAUAAUUCAAUGCAACAAGUCUACUUAUUUAUCAGAAGGACGAUCCCAAUAUACAAUAACCAAAACAAUAGCACCAAAACAAUAGCGCAGUGAAUUAUGCUGCAAAUAUAUGCAUAAGCAUUGCAAUUGUCCAACAGGGAGUAACUGAUGUAAUCUAAGGAGGUAGGAUGUAUAUAUAUUAUAUAAAGUAUAAAAUGAACCUUUUUUUUUCUUGUUUUGUAUGUGGAAUAAUCUAUAAAAUAGAAUUUAAACAUAAGACAGUGCAUGUCCCAGGUGGUGCAACCUUCAGUGCCGCAGACCCUACUUCUUGCUUAAAGUCUGCUUGGGAUUACUUUGGAAUUGUAACUUUAACAAUGGUCAUUUAUUUUUCAAGAAGUUUAAGUGCUCCUCUCCCCUUUUUCUCUCCCAAUUCCAUUUGAAAGACAAAAAAAUAAAAUAAACGUUGAAACAAUG